CUCACAUAACCAAAAUUUUAAGAUUUGUAUACCAUCAUCUACAUCCCUUUAAAUGGUUCUAGAAAAGAUAUCAUUUGGUAUGAUUAAGAAUACUCUUCUUUUUCCCACUCUUAAUGAGUUGAUAAAGAAGGUUUCUCCUGAGAAAAUUUGUCUCAAAAAAUUAUAACAUUUAUGUUGUAGUAGAGCUAUACAUAUAUAUAUGCGCGUGCGUCCGAUUGAUUUUGUGCAUUAUUUCACAAAAUCAUUAGAAACUAUGCACAACCUUUUUCUCUACUCGGUCGUGUUCUCUCUUGGUCUCGUUUCCUUCAUCACAUGUUUUGUAGCCGAGUUCAAGAGAACAAAGAAAGAAGAUAUUCGGUGGGAUACAGAGAGAAAGUGUUAUAAACCGGGAAGCCAUGCGUUUGAGCUCGGAACAGUCGCUGUUCUUUGCUUCUGUCUUGCUCAAAUCUUUGGGAACAUAGUUGUGCUUCGAAAUCACAGGACGAGAAUUAAAAGAGAAGAUGGUUACAAGUUUACUGAUCUUACUUUACCAACCGUUCUUUUGCUUCUGUCCUGGUUGAAUUUUGUGGUUGUGGUUUUAAUUCUGAGUACUGCAAUAAGCAUGAGCCGAACUCAGCCUUACGGAGAAGGAUGGCUCGAUGAAGAUUGUUACCUGGUCAAAGACGGUGUCUUUGCAGCUUCAGGCUGCUUAGCCAUCCUUGGACUUGGAGCCUUGACCAUAUCAGCCAUCAUGAUCAAAGUGAAGAAACGUCAACAACAACUUGUGCAAGUCGUUGUCAAAGAACAAAGCCAAGAACAAACAAAAGAAGAAAGAGAACAAAGCCAUGGUGAUCACCAAACGAACAAGUCAGAAACUGUCAUUUACUUGGUGGAAGAAGCUUCUUCCACUGCUGAUAUAAGCAGGAUAUAAAUAAAAAGGGGAAUAUUUAGUGUCUUUAUAUUGGGAAUGUUGAAUGGACAUAACAUAAACAUCCCACCACCCACUAAUGGUUGGUCAUAGGAUGAUGAUAGGAUCCCAUUAAAAAGUCAGUCUCAACUUGUGCAUAAUACUAAUAAUUAUAAUUAUACAUUAAUAUGCUAUUUCUAGUUUCCAU